CUUUAACUAGCCGUAGGGGGCCUGCCGACUGCCGACCACCGUAGCACGUGUGCACUAAGGGACAACACUCUUGGCCGCCCUGCGCUGUCGAUUAACUGCUGCCAACACAUCCCUAGUUAUCUGCGCCUAGAAAACCAGCCGACAUUCCCACGACUUUUCCUUUGACUCGGGUCCAAAACAUCAGCGACGAUGCUGCAAUGGCGAGUCUCGGCGGAACCUCCUCUCUCUCCCGCACAAGAUCGGCCCGCGUGCCGCCGAAUCCUGGCAAGCCGGCUCAGAACUCGUCUCGUACGGGCCCACCUGGCAUAAUAUCGUCAACGGCCGGAGCUCCUCCGGCCGCCGCGUCUCCGACCGGCGUCUCUAACAUUGCGCUGUUCCUCAGAAAUCUCCGUCUUCUCGACCUUGACCGGCAUCCCGACUGGCCCGAUAUCAACGCCCUAACUUUCAGCACCAAGGAUGCGGCCCAGGGGCAAAAGAAGCGCAUCCAGUGCGUCGAGUGGGCACUCUACUGCCUCUUCGCCCUCUGGGACCCCGAAGAAGCCCGCAACAAGCUACAGCCCUUCUUUCCCCCGCUCGACCAGGUGCAGUCACUCAACCUGCGUGCUGCCCUUCUCAGAAGCCUCGAACAAGCAAAGAAAAAUGGCGUUCUAGGCCGCGAUGCCGUCGUACGCAAAACCAUGCUCGACGAGUGCAAGGGAGAGAGGUUGGAGGAGGUUCUGGCCGUCUUUUCCUCGGCCGUGUUAAAGAAGCGGGUUGCUGAGCAACAGCUGAAUGAGCCAGAGCACCACGCGCUGUCCCAGGCGUUUGCUCUCGAGAACAGAGGAUAUUCAGGUGAUCGUUCAGAGCUUACGGCCCUUAUUUUGGCCCACAAGGUGUCUCUCCGGCGCACACUGCAUGAUAAGAACGUCGCCCGGGCAAGGUUCAAGGAGUUUUCAGACGUGCUAUCGGUGAAAGAGAAGGCUAUUGGCCAGAGGCGGAAGGAAGCGGAGACUGCAGGGCGAAAUGGCCGAGGCAUGGACAUUUCGGGCAACAAAAAAAGCGAAGUUGCUCGCAUGGUUCGAAACAACUGGGUGGGAAAUGAACGUUGGAUGGAGACAUUGCUUUACGGUGACAGCAGGGCGCGCAAGGACGGCAUCCUCUCCGCCCCGUUUGACAGAGUCUGGAGGCGUGUGCAAUCCGGUCGACUGGCUGAGCUCGAAGAUGAGGUGCCCUCCGGACUUCUUACGCAACUGGAGGACAGAGUACGGAGCCAACAGGAAAGACUGGAGAAGUGGCAGGGCUUUCGCCAACGGAUGUUUGGAAAGACUGGCGCAGAGCCGGCGACCAAACAAGCUGAGCCACAGCCUAAGCAGAAGGGCAUUGAUCUCGGCUUCAGGGCACACGAGAAUUUGCAGCUCAGCCGCUUGGAUUCCCAGAAGGUGCUGUCUACCAGACCCUGCCAGCUUGAUAGCCACUAUGAGGCGCUCAUCAGCGGGCUCAAGUCACAGUUGGCCACCAGUUCCGGCUCGGAUGCCCCUCGCAUCCCCUCAUUCUUUGAGGGACCGCGGCAGCUCGAGAGGCUAGUGCCAAGGAGAGUAGUGUCGGUUGAUCCGGAGCCGGAGCCGGAGGCGAUAUCCGAUAUCAGCGAUAUCGACGAGGCUCCGGUGCAGCCGCGUCCAUCUUCAUCGCGGCGUGAACCGAUUCGCGUAUCGGAAGAACCAGCCUUCGAACCAGUGCUCCGAAAAGCCAAGACGUUCGAUGACGAUCAUCCAUAUCCCAACGGCGAGCACAAAGAUAAACGCUCCACGCAACUCCGCCGCUCAGCGACACUGCAAUCCCACUCUCUAUCAGCAAGGGGACAACGGACUGGACCCUCCCCGACGCGAGGACCCGGACUGAGAAGGAACCCGCCGCCCAAACCCAGUCCAUCGCCCCCUCCCCAACAGCGAGACCGAUCACCCCCGCGUAUUGUGAACGCAUCUCCAGAACCCCCACCAUCACCAGAACACCCACCGCUCUCCCCAACCCAGCAGCUGGCAGACGAGAUCCUGGCCUCGGUCAGCGCCGCCUCCCCGUCACCAGUAAAGAAGCCCCGACGUGCGCUCUCCCUGGCCGAACGCACCCGGCUGUCAAUGGCGCGACGCACGUCGCACGCGAACCUGCGCGUUCCGGCCGACGAGGACGCCGACAACGAGGAUGACCUCGAUCCCUACGGGAACGGUGGUGCCCCCGAAGAACCGCCGGACCCCCUUACCCUCAAGCGCGCGUCUGCACCACCGGGGGCAAUUCCCGUUGUAAGGGAACGAGGCGCAGACGGAGACGGAGAUGGAAAUGGAAAUGCCGCGGGGGACGGCGCGUAUGAGGAUUUGGUUUCACGUACAAGGCGCAGCAUGGCUGGCUUUGAAGCGGCCCGGCAAAAGGCACGAUUGGAGCGGAGGCGGUCGCUGAGGAAGGCAACUGGGAAUGGCAAGCAGCAGCAACAAACUCCGGGCGGCGCAGGUGCGAGGGUGAGUUAUUUCCCUGCUCUGAGCGAGGAGGAGGAGGGAGAUGGAGGAGGUGGUGGCCGUGGGGAUGUCACGAACUCGACGCUGCUGCUCGCUGAGGAGCUGAUGACCGGGGAUGAUUACGAGGCUGUUUUUAUGAGCCGGCCCAAGAUCAAAACUAGCCCUAUCGGCACGCCUGUUAGGGGAGUUUGGGAUUGAGGUCAGGGACGAAAACGAGUGGAUGAGAAUCAGAGGAUGAGUGAUGCGGACUGAUUCAUGAUGAUGUUUUCUGCAUGGUGCGUCUGGAUGGGAACCGGACGUCGAUGAUGCCCCUGUCAAUGACUGUUACGGAGUAUGUAAUGCCAAUGGUAUAGCAGGAGGGUGCAAAUGGAACAAAACAGAUUCUAUGCAUGUCACUAUACAUCCACAACAGCCAAUGCAACCGCCCGAUCUAGUUCCACGGUC